CAGGGCUGCUUCACCUGUCAGCCUCUACAAACCUCUUACAGGUCCCCAACUCUUCCUGCUCCCAGCUGGCCCCCUGUAGGAGGAUGUCGGCCUGCUACCGUCCCCCGGGCAACGAGACACUGCUGAGCUGGACCGCCUCGCGGGCCACCGGCACCGCCUUCCUGCUGCUGGCGGCGCUCCUGGGACUGCCGGGCAACGGCUUCGUGGUGUGGAGCUUGGCCGGCUGGCGGCCCACGCGGGGGCGGCCGUUGGCGGCCACACUGGUGCUGCACCUGGCCGUGGCCGACGGCGCGGUGCUUCUGCUCUCGCCGCUUUUCGUGGCCUUCCUGACCGGGCGGGCGUGGCCCCUGGGCCAGGCGGGCUGCAAGGCGGUGUACUACGUGUGCGCGCUCAGCAUGUACGCCAGCGUGCUGCUCACCGGUCUGCUCAGCCUGCAGCGCUGCCUGGCUGUCACCCGCCCGUUCCUGGCACCACGGCUGCGCAGUCCGGCCCUGGCCCGCCGCCUGCUGCUGGCAGUCUGGCUGGCCGCCCUGGUGCUCGCCAUCCCGGCCGCCGUCUACCGCCACCUCUGGGGGGACCGCGUGUGCCAGCUGUGCCACCCGUCGGCGGUGCACGCCGCUGCGCACCUGAGCCUGGAGACCCUGACCGCCUUCGUACUUCCCUUCGGGAUGGUGCUGGGCUGCUACGGCGUGACGCUGGCGCGUCUCAGGGGUGCGCGCUGGGGCGCCGGGCGACAGGGCACGCGGGUGGGUCGACUGGUGAGCGCUAUUGUGCUGGCCUUCGGCUUGCUUUGGGCCCCCUACCACGCCGUCAAUCUCCUGCAGGCGGUGGCCGCGCUGGCUCCCCGCGACGGGUCCUUGGCCAGACUGGGUGGCGCGGGCCAGGCAGCGCGCGCGGGGACCACGGCAUUGGCGUUCUUCAGCUCCAGCGUCAACCCAGUACUCUACGUCUUCACUGCUGGGGAUUUGCUGCCCCGGGCGGGUCCCCGGUUCCUUACUCGGCUCUUCGAGGGCUCUGGAGAUGCCCGAGGGGGCAGCCGGUCUAGGGAGGGUACCAUGGAGCUCCGAACUACACCGAGGCUAAAAGUGGGGCAGGGCAAGGGCAAUGGAGACCCUGGAGGUGGGGGCGGGAUGGAGAAGGACGCCCAGGAAUGGGAUCCCUGACACCAAAUCCUACCUCUGGGCCGGCUCUCGCCUACCACUUCCCCUGUUCCCUGGAGCUCACUGCUAGGGUACUUGGGGACCCUUUUCUGACUGCAGUUUGGAUCUAACUGGGCAGGAUUCCUAUGCUCUUGGGGUAGGCCCAUGUUUCUCCAAACUGAGGGAUUGAUUGUGAGGGUGCCCUUGUUAAAAAUGUGUGCUUGAAAUUGGCAUGGAUUCAUGUGCCAGCAUUCCCUACUUGUUGCCAGGAGCUAUUAUUGUGAAAUACACUGGGAAGCCAUUA